AUGUCGCAAACUCCGUCGAAGAACGUAGACUCCCUUAAUUAUUUUAUUCCUAAAGAAUUGCCAACCGUAAAUAAAGAGGGAUCUCCAGUGUCCAAAACUGUUUAUAUGCAUCUAUCUAAAUUACACAGUUUUCUGAAUGAUUGGCUGAGAUUAAAAGAAAAAGGAGUGAAGAUAUGUAAAACAAUUUCUGCUUUAAAGUUAUAUGAGUGUGUUGAUGACUACUACCCACAUCAAACUCAGCCUCUGAUUGAGGGCUUAUUAGAAUCUCUUUCUGGAUUUGAGAAUAUUGUAGAAGGUGUUAAAAUUAUAAACAAUCAGUUGCAAGCACUCUCACAACUCCAGUCAACACCAGACGCUGUCAUAAAUACUUGGUCGUGUACAGAAAUUGCUGAAACCGUUUCAAAUAUUACUCAUAAUUUAGAAAAGGAAUUAAAAUUGAAAAAAGUUAUAACAGAAAAUGUAGCUCACUGUAGAGAUGAAUGUUUAAUAGAAGUUUAUGUAAGCGCUUGGGAAUUUGAAGCAUAUUUCAAUAUGGAUACAUGUGCAUAUUUAUUUGCUGGAAUUGGUCUAACAGGAAUAACAUGA